ACUUGUUAACCAGGAACUUGGCGCGUUAAGACACGAGAUAACACAGCGUAUUAUCAGAAAGGUCAUUCUUACACUGACUCAUCCAAUAUGGUGGUCCUGGUCCUACUUUUUUCCGCUAUCUUCGCUACAGGUACACCGUAUGAGUGUGCCACAAACUCCAGUCAGAACGUGGAGAUUGGAUGCCGAGCUUACUUUAGGUGUCUGAAUGGUGUCGGUACGCUUAUCGACUGCACGACGAUCAAUCCCCAAUUUGUCUACAACUCCGCGAUAGGACAUUGUGACGAUGAACUCAACGUGGCGCCACCGUGUGGCCAGCAGAAGGAUUGUACCAACAAGGGGGACAGAAGCUAUGCUGACAAAGACAACAGUUGUCUUAGUUACUACACGUGUAACAGGGACACUUUCUUUGGUCACAACAAAUGUUCGCCAGGCCUAGUGUUUGACGAGCACCUACAGACAUGUAACUGGCCAGUCAACGUAGAUCCACCUUGCGGGACCCAUGGGACGACAUAAGCCCAUAGGGAGGAACCCAUGGAUACAUAAAUUUUCAAAAUUGUCCAGAUAGCAUUACUAUCAUUACAAAUAUUUUAACUGAGAUAUGUGUAAUAUAUUUUG